GCGCAGGCGCAGUCUCUUCUGGUGUAGACGCAGAGGCUCGGUCCGCCGGGUAAAUAACAGAUGCGGGUGAAGGAGCCAUCCAAAGUUUUGCCUGAGAAAGCCAAAAGGAGUAAAAGGCCUACUGUACCUCAUGAUGAAGACUCUUCAGAUGACAUUGCUGUAGGUUUCACUUGCCAACAUGUAAGUCAUGCUGUCAGCGUGAAUCAUGUGAAGAAAGCAAUAGCUGAGAAUCUGUGGUCAGUUUGCUCAGAAUGUUUAAAAGAAAGAAGAUUCUACGAUGGACAGCCAGCACUUUCUUCUGAUAUUUGGCUGUGCCUCAGGUGUGGUUUUCAGGGAUGUGGUAAAAACUCAGAAAGCCAGCAUUCAUUGAAGCACUUCAAGAGUUGGAGAACAGAGCUUCAUUGUAUUAUAAUUAGUCUGAGCACGUGGAUUAUAUGGUGUUACGAGUGUGAUGAAAAAUUAUCAAUACAUUGUAAUAAGAAGGUUUUGGCUCAGAUAGUUGAUUUUCUCCAGAAACAUGUUUCUAAAACGCAAACAAGUACAUUUUCCAAAAUUAUAAAACUUUGUGAAGAAAAAUGUGAAACAGGUGAAAAAAAGAAGGGAAGAAAAGGCAGCUGUGUAACAUCUGUAAAAGGAAUUACAAAUUUAGGAAAUACUUGUUUUUUUAAUGCAGUUAUGCAGAACUUGGCACAGUCUUACAUUCUUAAUGAACUAUUGAAUGAGAUCAAAGAAAAUGGUACAGAACUCAAGAUUUUUCCUUCAUCAGACGCUCAGCUGGAUCCAUUAGUGGUAGAACUUUCAAGCCCUGGACCAUUGACGUCAGCCUUGAUCCUGUUUCUUCACAACAUGAAGGAAACCGAAAAAGGACCACUUUCUCCUAAAGCUCUUUUCAAUCAGCUUUGUCAGAAGGCCCCUCGAUUUAAAAGUUUUCAACAACAGGACAGUCAGGAGCUUCUGCAUUAUCUGCUGGAUGCCGUGAGGACAGAAGAAACAAAGAGAAUACAAGCUGGCAUUCUGAAAGCAUUUAAUAACCCAACAACUAAAACUGCUGAUGAUGAAACUAGAAAAAAAGUCAAAGCAUAUGGAAGAGAAGGUGUGAAAAUGAACUUCAUAGAUCAGAUCUUUAUUGGUGAAUUAACUAGCACAGUCAUGUGUGAAGAAUGUGCAAAGAUCUCCACGGUGAAAGAUCCUUUUAUUGAUAUUUCACUUCCUAUAAUAGAAGAAAGGCAUCAGCUAAUUCAUGGCAGAAAACGUACAAGGAAAUUGUCAUCUGGAGAAGAUAAAACUAUUGUCAUAUACCGGAAGAAUGGAAACACUGAAGUGAAUGGGGAUUCUUCAGCGUUUGUGAGCAUCAUGAACAGUGGAUCAUCUCUGACUGAAAACCCUACCGAUGGCAGUGCAAAAGAAGCCAGCCACUCUGACGGCAGUGUUGAUGCCGACAGUGAGGCUUCAGAGUCGGAAGGGGCUUCUCAGCAGGCUGCUUUGCCAAGAUCCAGUAGUGGAUGCUGUGUGCAUACAAAUGGACAUCACCAUCCCUCAGCCAGUGAACCACCCGCCAAGGAGACAGACAGUGGUGAUGAGGGAGCGGCCGAAGCUCUUUCUGAACUUCGUUUAAGCAGCACUGUCACUGGAGAUAGAGAUUUUGAUAAGGAAAAUCAGCCACUAAAUCUUGCACAUAAUUUCUAUUUUUCAGGGGCAAAGCAUAUGAUGUCUCACAGUCCCCAAAAUGCUUUUCAAACCCUUUCUCAGAGCUAUGUAACUACUUCUAAAGAAUGUUCAGUUCAGUCUUGUCUCUACCAGUUUACAUCUAUGGAAUUGUUAAUGGGGAAUAACAAGCUUCUGUGUGAGAACUGUACUGAAAAGAAACAGAAGUACCAAAGGGAAACCAGUUCUGCAGAAAAGAAAGCAGAGGGGAUUUAUACUAAUGCAAGGAAGCAGUUGCUCAUUUCUGCGGUUCCAGUUAUUCUAAUACUCCAUCUUAAAAGAUUCCAUCAGGCUGGAUUGAGUCUUCGCAAGGUAAACAGACAUGUAGAUUUUCCACUUACACUUGAUUUAGCACCAUUCUGUUCUGCUACUUGUAAGAAUGUAAGUGCGGGAGAGAAAGUUCUCUAUGGUCUGUAUGGCAUAGUGGAGCAUAGUGGCUCAAUGAGAGGAGGUCAUUACACUGCGUAUGUGAAAGUGAGAACACCCUCCAGGAAGUUAUUGGAACAUAUCACUGGAAAGAAAAUUAUACCUGGUCUGAAAGAACCAGAUAGUGAAUCAGCAGGCCAGUGGGUCCAUGUUAGUGACACUUAUGUGCAGGUGGUUCCAGAAUCAAGAGCACUUAGUGCACAAGCGUACCUUCUUUUUUAUGAAAGAAUAUUUUAAUUAUUUGUUAAUUAUUAAGGGUAAUGAUUAUUUAGAACACUUUCAUUUAAAUGCUGCAAUGCAUUGUGCCUUUGUAGUCUAUUCUGUAGGAAUAGCAUGUCCCUCAGAUGCUCCUGAACAUUUUUACCAUUUUGGUGGAUCCCCUUAAAAUAAAAUAAAUUUAGUCAGUGCUUCCAAAUAUAUAUUUUUAAAAUAAAUGUAAACAAAUGUUUAAAAAAUUGUUUGUCCUGGGACAAAACUAGAACUUAUAGUAGUAGAGGAAAUGCCUUUAUGUUGCGGAUUAUUAUUAUACACAUUCAGAAAUGACGCUGGCCAAAUCAGAUCCUUCCUUACACAGUGUUACCCAAAUAUGAGUCACACACCACCUUUCUGAUAUAUAUGAACCUCCCAUGCCAUUAUAUACUUAAAAUUUUUAACCUUAUUUUUUAGCUUUACUUUUUUAACCAUAGCCCUGUUUUGAGCAUAUUCCACAUUUUAUGUGCUAGUUGAAAUUUUUAUAAUAAACCUUAAAAUAAAUAUGUAACUAUUAAAGAAAGAUUGUUCAUUCAUGUAGCACUUUACUUAAAAUCACCUCAGGACUGUCCAGUGGUAUAUGUAUGCUGCUGUGUGGGAAACAUUGCUGUCACAUGUACUCAUACAGUUGGCAUACUGACCUUGUCUUAUUUUGUAUGAUUCAGCCAUAUAAAAUAUAACUUCAGUAAUAUGGACUUACAAAUAAUAUAUUGAUUAGCUUAUUGCUUUGAGAUUUUGUGAACUAGAAAAAUACUGAAAUAUUUCCUCAACAUACUAUUUAUAACCUAUUCAUGGUAGAGUUGGGGAUAAUUUGAAAGUAAUUAGCCAUGGUCAAACUAUAAUUAUAGAUAAUUCUAACAUGCAGAAUUGAUAAAUAGAAAUUGUUAAUCCAUAUGAAGCAAUAGGAUAACUUUGAAAUAUAAAUUACCAAAUUAAAUUUGUAAAUGAUAGAUAAUUAUGUUCGUACUAUAUUUAACAGGGAAGUAUAAUACAUUUUUAGUACUGUAGAUCAGUAAAUAUUAAUCAUGGUUUUAGUGUUUUGCAAUCACUUUGUAUUCAACGAGCAUCAUUAAUAAAUUUAAGUAAGUUUAGCUUUUAUUUUAAUAGGGCAUGAAGUUGACAUAUGUGACUUUCUUUUUAAAUAAAUAAUAGCAAAGAUAUGAUGGUUUUUAAAAAAUAUGAUGGUUUUUCCCCUAGAAUACAAAUUAUUAAACUGUCAAAAUUUGGCAGGAAAAUAUUACUAUUACUUGGCUUAAAUUUUAAAAAUAAUUGCUACUUUGGUGUCACUUUAUUGCACCAAAGCAUCCUAAUCAUUAGUACCAACAAAUGCUACUACAUACUGGCAGGUGUUGGGUAAGUGCCUAGUCCUAAUUAAUUCUCCUCUUGGGAAGGAAGGAUAUGAAUAGUGGCUGGAGAUAAUUGAGGAAGUAUUUAACCAAGACUCUGGUUAUAUAUAACAUUAUCAAGGUUACUUGUGCUGUCUUUUGAUAUAUGGGUGAAUGGAAUUGUGAUUAUUAAUAAAGAUGGUAAUAAUAUACAAAAUGAAUAAUAUAAAAAUGUCAUGGCACAAAUUCUAUUUUUAAGCUGUUGCAGUUUCAAUAGUAGUAUUUUUUUAUUUUUAACUGUGAAAUGAUGGAGAAAUAUAUCUUUAUAUUAUGGGUUAAUAUGCAAAUUCAAUUUGUUUGUCCUAUAAAAGGGAGCUUAAACAGCACUUAAAUUAGUAUCUCUGUUUAAUUGUAAUCCAUUAACAUUGAAGAUUUCAGUACCUGAGCCGUGAUUUUUUUGAGAAAUACUAGUUAAAUCUCUUUAUUCAAGUCAGCCAUCUUAGUAAUGACAAUUACUGUUCACUAUCCCAAAUGUAAAUAUUGUAACCUCAUUUUUUCUUCUAGAAAAGAUACUAUUAAGAGGCAUGAAUGUUUCCUUGGAUGGUCACCUGCUUCUUUUAUC